UCUGUAUUUUCAAAUUUAUUAAGUAGUGAAACAUUAGUGGAUGUUACACUAGCAGCAGAAGGCAGACAUCUUCAAGCUCAUAAAGUUGUACUGUCAGCAUGCAGUACAUACUUCCAAUCGUUAUUCACAGUUAAUCCAUGUCAACAUCCAAUCGUUAUACUCAAAGAUGUUAAAUUUUCCGAUCUCAAAAUCAUGGUAGAUUUUAUGUAUUAUGGAGAAGUUAACAUUUCUCAAGAUCAAUUACCAUCRAUUAUUAAAACUGCAGAAAGUUUGAAGAUCAAAGGUCUUGCUGAAAUGCAUAUAGCUUCAUUAACUAAAAGGCCAAGUAGUAGUAGUGAACAAGGAGCUGCAGAUCGUGGAAAAUCUUGUUCUCCUAGUCCAUCUCCUCUUUCUCCAUCAUUCAGACGAAAAAGAUUAAAAAAAACGUCAACAGGAUCCACAUCUGGAUCUGGUGAUAAAACAGAAGAAAUUAAUGAGAUUGCAUUGGUUGCUACUGAUAUAGUUAAGUCAGAACCAUUGAUAGUAUCGCCAGAAAGCGAUGAAAAUGUAAGGCAACCAAUAAAUACCAGUACAGAAUUACAAGGAAGUAUCGAUGAGGAUAAAAUAUCAAUAGUAAGCGUACUGAUGAGUAAUAUGGAAAAUAGUUCUACAACAAUGCCAGCACAAAGUGAUGGUACAAUACAAAAUGUGAAUCAACAAUCUAGUGGAAAUGUACCACAAAGUUCUGUUUCUUCUCAACCACCAGCACAUCAAGAUAAAAAUUUUGCUUGUGUAUAUCUUACAAAUAAAAAUACAUAUGUGGAAGUGCCAAGYAGUUGGCUGAUGCCUCCUUGUGACGAUGAUAACGAYGAAUGGCAUUGUUGGUGGCCUCCAAAAACACCAAAAGAAAUUGAUAUCUAUGUUAAAGAAAAAUUAGAACCCAAUAGCUCAACCUGGACAAUAGAAAAUGUCAAAAUUAUGAACUUCUUUGACGCUUAUGAAAAAGCUCGGGGAGUCGCAGCUGAAUCCGAUUAUAUUUCUUCCGAAGAAGGUCUUGGUCGUGGUUGUCGAUCUUCUAAAUCUACUGCUGCUGAGCGACAAUACAAUAAGAAGAAGAGAUUAGCACUAGUUAUUGACCCCACAACUGAUGAGGACACAGAAGACGAACCUCCAAAAAAACAAAAAAGGGGAUUUAUUAAGCCAGCUACACCUAUGCCGAAAAUAUGUGACGAAACUAAAUCCAGCAACACUAACACACCCAAUUUAUCAAAUACAGUGCUCGAACAUCAUCCAGAAAUUGUCGAACCAGACGAAGUUGAUAGCUGUGAAAAUAAUAAUGAUAAGAACCAUUCUACAGCACAACUAGAAAGAGACUCAAUUAUUAACAUUACAACGCCGAAUGGUAAUCAUCAUGCUACGAACGAAAACAUUCCAUUUGAUUUAAAUAACUUACAUUUUAAUAAACUCGAAAAUCUUUUUGACUUCAAUAAUAAAAAUAUAACUGAUAUUUCAUCAAUAUUAAAAGUUAACUUUAAAUAUAUAUUAAAAAUACUGAAUAUGGCUCUCGUGGAUCUAAAAGAUUUAAAACAACGUUUUGAUCAAGGUCAUUUAGCAAACAUUACCACGAAUGUCGAGAACAUUAAACAAUAUUUCCCUAUUGAAACUAAACAAGAAUUAGAAUUUUUGGAGAAAAUUUUGAUCACCAAACAAUUAGAAAAUGAGUUCAAAGAAUAUGUGCGUAUUAUCGGUGGAAAAAAUGGUUGUGAUUUUCUGAAAAAUGUAUUCACAUUAAUUUACGAUGAUAAAUUUGCUGCAGACAAUACAUGGCUCGGUAAAAAAAACAAAGUAAAUUUAARUGAGUCACUCAUAAAUAAAUAUGUUCGAGAUGUUAUUCAAACUAAAUUUUCUAAUUUUACCAAUUGUGAUUUUAAUUACGARGCAGGAGAGUGGUUCAGGCUGGGGGCUCAACGUUAUAAGCGUWAACUUCAUAAGUCUCCUGCUGGUGGUGCACCUGUCGGAUGAAAUUAAAGAAUGCAAAGAUGCUAAGAUUUAUUUAAAAAAAAAUUUUAUAAUUUUUAUUUAUAAUUGAAAAAAAAAUUGUUCUAUUUURUAGGUAAAAUACAAAUUUUAAUAUAAAUUGUAAUAACAUAUAUUWUAUAACCAUGUUUUUUGUGUGCCCUUAAUUUUAAAUUCUCCAGUAUAUUAUAUUUWUUAGAUUGAAAAAAGUGCAACAA